CUCGUCGUGAGGGUAGCGUUUCACUCUGCCGCGUUGAGUCGCGUCGUGUCGGGUUGCAUCGCAUCGCAUCGUUUGCACCAUAAAACGCAUCCCGUCUCGUCCCAUCGCAUCGCAUCGCAACGCAUCACGGUGAAUCGAGUCGCACUGCAUCCCCCUUGACGGAUACACAAGUAUAUCGCGGUCGUCCCUCUUCAAGUCGGCACCCGGUUAUCACGGAUACCAUCGUGGCGCGGUUCGUUUCGAAUCGUGAGAAGCUCUCGUCGAGCCGAUCGGCGAUUACCAAUUGCCCGUUUCGCCGCGAAUGUUCGAACGCGAGCCUCGUGUUUCGCGUAUCGGUUCUCGCGCCGGUUGGUGAGUGUGUCGCGUGUGAUCCCCGCGAGAAUGACGAUGAGUGGCGUGUCCUCGAUACUGUGCGUUCUGCUGCUCCUUAGCGUCGUCACGGACACGGUGCACGCCGGAUUAAAAUGCGAACCCGUCAGGCCGUACUUCGAGUCACAGGGCUUUCCUGCCAGCGACAUUCCCAAGGAGGCUAUCUCGUCAAAGGAACUGAAAAUAUGCGGCAGCGUGAGGAGCGGCGGAGAGGUCUGCUGCUCCGCGGACAUGGAGGUGAGAUUACAGGCGAGGGCACGUAACAAACACGAGAAAGCCACCAAAGAAACUCUUCAGCGACUUCAUCAGAUCCUGUCGACGAGAGCGACGAGGUUUCACGGUUUCUUCAAACAACUGCUGGCGGACAGCAAGAGUAUCUUCCACGAAAUGUACAGGAGAACGUACGGUACGCUGUACGAGCAGAACUCGUACGUCUUCAUGGAUCUGUUCAAGGAACUGGAGAACUAUUACGCCAAGGGGACGGUGAACUUGAACGAUGCCAUGGACAACUUCUACAAUACCCUCUACCUGAAGAUGUUCACGGUGCUGAACAGUCAGUACAAGUUCGACAACAAGUAUCUGGAGUGCGUAGGGGACAGUAUGAAGGAGAUGAGACCGUUCGGCGACGUGCCCCAGAAACUGGGCGUUCAGAUCAAGAGAUCGUUCGUCGCGACCAGGGCGUUCAGCCAAGCUCUGACGGUGGCCGCGGACAUCCUGAAGAACAUGCAAACGUUGAAGCCGUCCACGGACUGUGCAGCUGCAUUCACCAGAAUGACGGUCUGCCCGUCGUGCAGCGGGAUAACGGGGAACGUGCUGGCGUGCGGCGACAUGUGCGCCAACGUGAUGAAGGGUUGCUUGGCGCAGCAUGCGGCACUGGACGCUGAAUGGAAUCACUUUGUCGAGGCCGUGGACAAGGUGGCGGACCGACUGCUGGGCCCGUUCAACAUCGAGAUGCUGAUGCGACCGAUCAACCUGAAGAUCUCCGAGGCGAUCAUGAACUUCCAGGAGACGGGCCAGGACGUCUCGCAGAGGGUGUUCGCCGGCUGCGGCCGGCCGAUUCUGGGCAGACGGAGGCGCAGGCGAAGCGACAACCGCGAGUUGGAGCUCGAGUCGUUGAACUUCGACCAGGAGACGCUGCCCGAGGAGCGCGGCACGACCGUCGCUAGCCUGGACAAGCUCGUCAAGGAGAUACGGCAGAGAGUGCGCGAUUCCAGGCAGUUCUGGGUGUACUUGCCGUACCAGCUGUGCAACGACGGCCUCGUGGUCCCGCCGAGCAACACCAAAGAGUGUUGGAACGGCACGCACGUCGACAAGUACAUAUACCCGGUGUCGUCGAACGGCGAGACGCAGAGCUUGAAUCCGGAGGUGCGCAGCUCCGGCCCGCGGCCCACCAUCGUCCGGGACCAGAUCUUCGCGCUGACGACCAUCACGAACAGGCUGAAGUCCGCGUUCAACGGCCAGGACGUCGACUGGAUAGACACGGGCACCGGUCGUUCGUUCUCCGGAAGGGAAGAAAGGUCUCGCUGUCAACCUCUUAGGCACGGCUGA